AAAAACCUAAAACAAGAUGAUGAUAGUUGGGACAAAAUUUGUGACAAGGUUGAGUCUUGGUCCACAAAGUCAACUGACGAUAAAGAAGAUUUUUUUAAAACCACCUUACCGACGAUUGAAUUUGAGGAUCAAUUCUCUGUAAUUGAUCUGAAGUUUUACACAAAAUACGAAGAAUAUCUUGAUGAUGUGAGAAGAGAAGACACUAAAAAUAAGGGAGAUGCAUUUGAUUUAUUGCUGUGGAGAAGAAAGCAAUAUGAAGAAGAUUUUGAAGCAUUCCCACGCAGUGUCAAACACGUAAGAUAUCCAAGUUUACUUGGAGAAGCUAGUACUCGUGGUUCUUCCGUUGUCAAUGUACGAGUGCGAACAGUUGGGUCAACUUUUUAUCGUUUCAGAUGGUCGUUAUUAAGUUUUGGCCAUGCUUUUUAUCUCGAAAGUGAACGAAAAACUUAG